UUCUGUAAGCCGUACUGCUCUAUGCAAAUACAAUGAGCUCUUCUUCUAUGGCAGACUACACUCAUAAAGUGUUUUGCCGCCACCUACUGUACGGGGUAGUAAAAUAUCCCCAAAAACGAAAUAUGUUUUGGAUUAACAAAUUCAUACUAACUACCAAAAAAAAAAUACUAACCAAAAUUCACGCUACUUCUUCUGUUAAAAUCACAAAGUAUAAUGUGGUCCCUACACAGGCGCAAAUGCGAUGAUAUGCAUGCAAUGCUUUGUUAUUGAGAGGUUGUUUUUUUCUUUUUCGUGAGUUAUGGUACCUCAGAGCUCCCCAGGUCACCCCCUUCUCGGGCGCUCACUUUUUGUUGUGGCACUUCCCGAUUUACAAAUUAAGCACUGGCUGGACGUAUCUAACUGGUCUUGAAACUGUGACAACGGGCAGCUUCUCCCCGCUUGGCUCGAUGGGAUAUGUAGUGAUUUAGCCAACACAGCCAUAUAUGUACACAGUCUUGUACCCUUAACCUUUUUUCAACUGACUAUCUUAUUUGUUCAUUAAAUCGGACUUUAUUCAUAUAAUGAGUAAUCCAGGAAUGUCACGAGUUAAUUGACACGAGAAAACUCGAGAAAAUAGCAACUCUUCAAAUCGCAAUGACAAUAAUGAAUGGCUAAAUUACUUCCGGACACUAGGGUCCGCGGAGCUCCUCCUCAACACUAUACACACCCAUUCAGUAGAUAUUUGAACCUUUUUAGUUAUCAUCUGUUCAUGCACCAGAUUGGAAUGCACAUUUUGUUUGCUCAAGUGGUGUCUACUGUCCAGUGCAUCAGGGGAAGUUUUAAUUGCUGGUGCGACCUAGAUAGUGGUCUGAUGCAUUGCCAAAACGUCCAGACUGGAACCAAGCAAUGCACAGAGGAGGCUGCCCUGCACGGGUGUCAAACUCCAGUCCUUGAGGGCAGCUGCAGUGUCUGUGGGUUUUCCUUUCUCCAUUGCACUUAACUGAUCAGCCAAUGUUAUUGAUUGGAGGCCAAUGUACACCAGCGGUGUACUAUAUUAGUUAAUGUGCAACAUCCUGAACUUUACAGAUAGAAAUGGAAUGAAUAGACUCUAGACGAUUCCCAUUUCUAGAUGACAGACAAUCAUAUCUAUUCUGCAUAAAACAUUUAUAUCUGAGCGUACUCUAAUGUUGCACCUGAACAGGGCCCAGUUCUAAAUUAGACACUGAUUUAAAAGGGAAAAAUGAAUAUCUGAAUUGUAUAGCGCACACCAUAGAAAAACUGUUUAAAAUAGAAAACACAAACAAGCGUAUCUUAUUGAACAACAUUUCACUCCGUUUCGGGUCACUGUCUUUGAUUUCGUGCCUACUGAACAUGACCCAGCAGACACUGCGGCAGCCCUCCAGGUAUUGAGCCCAGCUGUACAGGCAUAAGCCCUCAGGGUUUUAGUUUGGCUUCAGAGAAGAUGGAUGAUUGCAGUGGGACACCGGGGCUGAAUGUUUACGUCAAAGAGGAGGAGGAGGAGGUGCAGGUGGAGGAUUUCACAUUGAAGGACAAGGAGGCAUUCACAGUGAAGGAGGAAAAGGAGGAGGAAGCUUUCACAGUGAAGGAAGAGGUGUUGACUUUCACGUUUAAAAAAGAAGAGGAGGAGGUUUCAACAUUAAAAGAAGAAGAGGAGGAGGAGGUUAUCACAGUGAAAAUUGAGGAGGAUGGAGGAGAGAGGCCUAGCCCCAGCACCGAGACUAGAUGGGGCUCAAAGAGUGGAAGAAGUUCGAUACAGGAACCGGACUGGCGAGCUCCCGUGGAGAAACCUCACUGCUGUUCCCAGUGUGGAAAAACCUUCUCAGAGUCCGGAAACCUGAAGCAACACAUGCGGACGCACAGCGGAGAGAGACCUUACCACUGCUCCAAAUGCGGGAAACGCUUCAUACAAUUGGGACACUUCAACAGCCACCAGCGCACGCACACGCAGGAGAAACCGUUCAGUUGCGGUGAGUGCGGGAAAAGUUUCUCUCAGAGAAUCAAUUUGAAGAAGCACCAGCUCACGCACUCCGGUGAGAGGCCUUUCCUGUGCUCUGACUGCGGGAAGAGUUUCUCUUCAUCCACCAACCUUAAAAGACACCAGAGCACGCACAGCAAUGAAAAGCCAUUCCAGUGCACCAACUGUGAGAAAAGUUUCACUCAUAUACACCACUUGACACGUCAUCAGACCGUACACACAGGGGAGAAACCUUACACUUGCUCUGACUGUGGGAGGAGUUUCUCCCUCCAGGGGACUUUAAAGAAACACCAGCGCACACACACCGGAGAGAAACCGUACCAGUGCUUGCUCUGCGGGAAGAAUUUCUCUCUUUCAGUGGCGCUGAAGAGACACCAGCUCAUGCACACUGGGGAGAAACCAUACCAAUGCUCUCAGUGCGGGAAGAGUUUCACCCAAAAGGGACAAUUAACUCAACACCAAGGCACACAUGAACUAGAAAAACCUUACCCCUGCUCCCAGUGUGGGAAGAGUUACUCCUCAGCCCCCUCCUUAAAAGCACAUCAGAGGACUCACACAGAGUCAAAGUCACUCGCGAUGACGCCACAUUUCAUUAAGUAAAUUAUUGAACUGGUUGUCUCUGA